AUGCUUCAACAACUUCAGCCACUCUUCGGCUUCUUCUUCAUCCCUUUGCUUGUGAAGAUCCACGCCUCAGGACCGUCUUUUUUCCUAGAUCCGGCGCUUGUUGGGAACCUGCAACAACGGAUCACUCACCGCCGAGGUUACAUGGUGCCCCUAAACACAGAGUUUACUCUCUCCUGUCCCUUCGAGACGCCCUUCUAUAAGUGGUCACGACCUGAGUACCCUGCCCAUCUCUUUGACGAAACUAAAAAUAUUACCAUUCGGGCCGAUUCUCUCGACAUAUCUGGUCGCUAUCAAUGCAGCGCGGUCAACGGCUUUGGGAACAGUCUGGCCGAGAUGGCUGUCCGCGUGAUCGGUGAGCACUUCAUAAAAUUAAUUUAG